UGCCUGUGUCCGCUCCACAGUUCCUCACUGUCACCACAGCUGUUCAGCAUGGCCAACAGGGGACCCUCGUACGGCCUGAGCCGAGAGGUGCAGCAGAAGAUCGAGAAACAGUAUGACGGAGAUCUGGAGCAGAUCCUGAUCCAGUGGAUCACCACGCAGUGCCGCAAGGACGUGGGCCGGCCCCAGCCUGGCCGGGAGAACUUCCAGAACUGGCUCAAGGAUGGCACGGUGCUGUGUGAGCUUAUUAAUUCACUAUUCCCCGAGGGGCAGAGCCCCAUAAAGAAGAUCCAGGCCUCGAUGAUGGCCUUCAAGCAGAUGGAGCAGAUCUCUCAGUUCCUGAAGGCAGCUGAGAGCUACGGCAUCAACACCACUGACAUCUUCCAGACUGUGGAUCUUUGGGAAGGCAAGAACAUGGCUUGUGUUCAGCGGACACUAAUGAACCUGGGUGGGCUGGCAGUAGCCAGGAAUGAUGGUCUCUUCUCUGGAGAUCCCAACUGGUUUCCUAAGAAAUCCAAGGAGAACCCUCGGAACUUCUCGGACAACCAGUUACAAGAGGGCAAGAAUGUGAUUGGGCUACAAAUGGGCACCAACCGCGGAGCAUCUCAGGCUGGCAUGACCGGCUAUGGGAUGCCACGCCAGAUCCUCUGAUCGCAACCCCCGCCCCAACACAC